AUGGAUCAUUGUAACAGUGAAUGUAAUGAACCUUGCGUUUGUUGUGAGUUGGAAUAUGAGGAGUUUAAUUUCUUCGACAGUACUAAACCGCAUAAGGGUGUCGACAUGAUUAAGUCGGAGCCGGAAUAUAAAUCAAACUUUAUCGCAAUUGGUGACAAGAAACAAUUGUAUUUUUACAAUAAUACACUGACGAUGUUUCAUGUUGUCUUAGUAAGAUCGAUGACCGACUAUUUGGAUCCUGACUACAGUCCUGCUAUUCGUCUACAAGUCUCCACAGUUCAGAAACCCAUUCCUAUUCUUAUAUUUGGAACGGGUGAAUAUAUGUGUAUUCAAACGGUAAAGACAGAGAAUUGUUAACCUAGAAUUAAUUUAAUUUUAUUUAUUAACUCAUUCCCAUCCGGUGGAAAAGUAGCAAUUUCGAGUGGUGUUGUUUCAAACGCUUAUAUCUCUCAAACUAUACAUCGCCCGGAAACAGAAAUUGCAUCGUUCGAAAGAGGAGGACUUCUGCUUUCCAACGAUACCAAUUUCAACGAUUUACGGUUGGUUAACGAUUUACUCGCAUAUAUUUGCAUAAAUUAUGAUAUAAAAAAAUGUUGCAAUUAUGCAUAAAUGUAUUUAGCGGUUCAAAUUUCAAAUAUGUCAAAAAAAUUUUAUGAAUAUGACUGAAAGACACGGUUAUGAUCUACAAGUACCCGAAGUUUCAUGCAUGUAGCAUAAAUAGAAAUAUUUUUAUUGAAUUUUUAUAUAAACUAGGUAGUGGAGUAAAAUUUACAUUUUGUGCUCACAUGAAACAAAUACCUUUAUCAAAGGUCCUUUUUUAUUGCUACAACAUGUUAUCAAUACAAAUUUCCAAUAUUUCUUACUCUCCAAAGAUAGUAUGGUACCAAAAUAAGUCUGUGAUACCCACAAAAGAACACUCAAAUCAUGAUUAGCAAAAUGUCUUUAUUUCUACAAUUACUACAUACAUUCUUAGAUAAUCAUUACACCAUUGACUUUAGUUAUUAGUGUCAUAACCAGCCUCAAAAUUUGGUCAUGCUAUUCAAAUUUGAAAUAAUCACUACUCAUUUGUUUAGAAAUUGAUUGUUUUCACAAUCUAGAACAUGAAAAUAUUUGCAAAUAGCAUGACCAAGUGUUGUUUUACUGGCAUCAUCAUAAUUAGUAGUUAUAAAAAAGUAAUGUUUUCCAAGGCAGUAAUGUUUGCUAAAGCAGUAAUGUUUGCCAAAGCACAUAAUUGGAUUAUGUGGUGAAAAUAUUUCCUUUAUAUUGUACUACAAAAGACCUAAGACUGUAACCAAACUGAUAUCAGAUCACCACGUCAUACCGAAAUCUGUUGCGAUGAAUAUCUGGACUUCUUCCUGUAUAAAUUUCAAAGUCGCAAUAUAACCAUUAGGAUUGUCUGCAGCAACCCACAGAUUUAUUCCCCACAUAGUAGGUUAUCUAGCUGUUAUGAACUGCCUAACCCCCAACCUAUUUCUUGAUUUGACAGUGUGUUUGUCUGCAACAACAAUAUUCUGUGACGGCUGGUACAGUUGUUGAUGCAGUUUAUUGCUGUAGUCUUUAGUACAGGAUCUACCAUAUUCACAAACGCCAUAAGCGCUUUGUACCUAACCCGAGAAAUUAUGUCUAUUGCCCACAGACCAUGAUAUAAGGUUUUUACACUCCAAUAAUUUUCAAUCUCACUGUCGACCUUUAGCAAACCUGCAUAUUAUACUAAAAGACAAUCAACCUCUCAAGGUUGGUGGACUGCAAGACUCUUCUUUAUUAGUAUAUGGGGAUAACUUUUGAGUUAUUUGUAUGUGGGCAUAUGUAUUGGUAUGGCCAGGAAACUACCUCCUGAAGCAUUCCCUUAGAAAAAAAAGAGUCGAAUGAACUCAAGCUCACAGUUCAUUGAGCCGAAUGAACUCAAGCUCACAGUUGAUCGAAAUGGAUCCCGGACAUGUCAGUGAGGAGCAAAAUCUGGGAGAACAUUCCUGGCGUCAGGAUCAUCAUAUCCGUCAUGUACUGUGGGGCCUAGUGGGGAUGCUAGACAGGGAGCUUUCGAAACCUUAGGUCCUAAUGGCUGGGCUUCCCUCUACCUCUACUCAUCCCCCUACCUUCCCUCUGGGUUGGUGAGUGGGGUUGUCAUGACUCAUCAGAACUCUACUUCCCUGAGGCUAUGAAACAGGAACAGCAGAUAGGAACAGGAUCAAUAUAUUCAUCAGUGGGAAUAAAAACUUUUAUAGACAUGGUGCCACUUAAAAUUAUAAUAAGAGCCAACUAGUAAGAUAUAAGUAUGAAUACUUGGCUAUUAUGUAUGUGACAAACAACCAAACAUGUGCUCAAGGCUCAUUUUACUUCGCCUAGGAAUCAGAGAUUUUUAUGCCUAAAACACCAUAAAUUUUCGUCAACAACAUAAAUAAAUACCAUUUAUAUUUGUCAAUUUCAGUAUGAAACGAUUAUUUCAACACAAAAAAGCGAUAUGAGGACAUACUUGGUCGUACUAGUGAAGCUAUACUAAAUACAAAUAAAUUUACAAUGCCAUGGCAACGGCAAAACAUUGAAAUAGAAAUUGUCUAGAAAUGAUACAAAUACUUGCCUUGAAACUCCAGACACGACUCCCAAUGCCAGGUUGAGAUACUUGUCUUCAUACGAAGACAUUCCAUCAUUACUAGCACUAUCAGUUUGAAAAUAAAGCCAAAAACGUAUUCAGAAUGCGAUUCAAACAAAACUACAACACAAUACAUUUCAACGCUCGUGCGUUCCCGUGCGCGAUAAUCAGGAAAAUUGCUCUAAAAGAUUUGCUUUUCUGCCUAAGCCAAUCAGAAUCCGUAUCUAGGGUAAACAAACACUCCGGAAGUGAUUCCUGCAGUCUUUUACCAGGAAACUGUAAUGCUUUACCAAGAAUUUGGCGUCCGAAGUUGGCCGAACACUUUCCGAUCAUGAGAAUUGCCAUAAUAGGCUUAGAUUAUUUUGCAAUUUCCCGAGACUGCUCCGAGCUAUAGAAUGGAAGAUGGCGAUUCUUUUGGUAUAUUUGUUAUUAUUAUAUGUUGAAAAGAAGCAAAAAGAUGAGCAUUUGAAUCAGGCAGAACAAUCAAAAUGCGACAGCAAAAUUGAUAAUGUGUCAUUUGCAUAAAUUGCACCGCACUGAUCAUUUCAAGGUAAGAAAUUCGCUUGAAAUUGAGCGAGAAACAAUAAAAUUAUAUGAAUAUUUCUGAAUAUAUAGUAUCAAUCAAGCGGAAUUUUUUGGUGGUAUUUUCGUAUGUCUACUGCAAAUACUCGCGAAGUUCUUUAAUAUUUAAUCUUCCCGUCAUAUAAUUCGGCAAUUAAUAUUGGCGGAUAGAAUUGAGUUAAUUUUAUUUUUUGUUUUUUGUCCUAUCAGUGUAAUAAUGAUGAAUCGUUUUUUCUGAUGGAUAUCGCGAAGAAAGUAACAGAGAAGGAAUUUGAGGAACGAAAAGCAGAUAAAGACCCUGAUGAAUCUUUUCAGAACAUUCACACCAACAAAUUUUGA